UCCAUCACUUACGCUUCAGAAUGUGGAAACCCAGUAUUUUAAUUUUUUUGGUGCUUAUCGUUUCUGAAGUGAGGACCACGCAAUACGCUUAUGAACCUGGUUCAGUGACUUGCUUCUUGGAAGCUUGCCCUCCUGGAACCACCAAGUGCAAAAAAACUAACAGAGUGCAGACUCUAGAAAACGGGGACACUUUUUCUUCAAUUGACUGUCUAAAUGAAAAAGGAAACCCCCUUAGAAGCCAUUUAGUACAAGACGAAGUCUCGGGCACAGGUUCACAAGAUGUUGUUUACGAGAAACCUACACUUUUCGUACUACAUAAAAACUGAAAUGUCGUUGUAUAACGUUAUUAAUAUCAUUAUAUUUCAAGUUUAAUGAUGCUAAAUGUAGUGCACUGGUUGCAGUCAACUAUAAACCAAAAUUUUUCUCUUCCGAGAUAUAUAAUAA